AUGUCCAAGAGAAAGACUGAAGUGGAUGCUACAGGAGAUAAAGCCAAGGUGAAGGACCCAAGGUUGUCUGCUAAACCUGCUCCUCCAAAGCCAGAGCCCAAGCCUAAAAAGGUCCCUGCCAAUAAGGGAGAGAAGGUACUCAAAGAAAAAAAGGGGAAAGCUGGCACUGGCAAGGAUGAGAAUAACCCUGCAGAAAAUGGAGUUGCCAAAACAGACCAGGCACAGAAAGCUGGAGGUGCUGUAGAUGUAAAAAGGAGUGGGUCUUUUUGA